UGCAUGAACAACACGCAGAAGUUGUUGGUACAGUCAUCACUUGGCACGUAUGUGACAGCGUCGGGUACCCUGGACGGGCUCGGGGCUAGUGUGCUUCGGAUCUGGCAGGUACCCCGUACCUGCAGGACGCGCCGGGAGACACCAAGACAUCCGCCGACAUUGAGCUCGUGCAUCUCCACCAUCCACCUCGACAUGCCACCGCCGCCCCAGAAGGCGACCAUGACACCAUGGACUUUUGGUCGCGAUUGUUGAGCCCCCUCUCGGCGGGCACGUCUCGCCAGGACCAGGCCAAGGACCCCGCCAAACGCCUGCACCGCUUCGAAAAGGAGUACGGCAGCCUGCUGGUGCGUCCCUGCCGGCCUUCACCCCCUUCCCGGCCGACCCGCAAGCGAUGGGACGAGCUGACAUGGCCGAUCGCAGUCGACAUGGCGCACGGCCAAUCUGCGUGACGGCGACGCGGCCGAGACGCUCGAGAUACGGCUUCAGGAGCUCACCAACAUCCUCAGCGACGAGAGCCGCCGGCCGCUGCCGCACCCGUGCAUCCAGUACGCCUCCAUCAAGCAAAUCUACGUGCCCAUCGGCAAGAUUGCCACGGCCUCGCAUAACGAGUGGAUCAUUAAGGAGGCGGUGCUCCUCUUCGCAACCCUCAUCGAGAGCGAGGAGGAGGCCUUUGUCGAGACACCAGCCUUUUCCACCAGCCUGACCAACUUGCUCGUCCGCAUCACCGGCGCCGAGGGCGUCCACCUCGGCCUCGAUACCGAGUCCCGCGUCGUCGAGCUCGCCUUUAACAUCACCACCAAGAUCCGCCUCGACCCGUCCAUCCUGCCCGCUUGGUUCAAGACGCAGGAUGGGCCCGCGACCCCGGACCGCCAUGCUGCCGUCGCCGGCGACCUGCCGCCGCCGCCGCCGCCCUCGGGUUUCGCCGGCCGCACGCAGCGCGCAGACUUUCCCCUCUUCUACAUACUCGUCGAUUACAUCCACCACGAGGGCAAGGUCGGUGACUUUGCCCGCACCGGUCUGCUCUACAUCAUCGAGGCCGCCUCGAGCUCUGCUGCGCUCGAGCAGUGGAUCGUCGAGAGCGACCUGUCCACCCUCAUGGCCACGGGCCUGGGCGCCCUAUAUAGCCAGCUCAGCCGCAAGCUCGUCAUUGAUCACCCGCCACACGACCUGCCCCCGAUCCUCGCCCUCUCCGACUACGAACACCCAACGUCGAGCUACGAGAUUGUCAGCUCCUGCUCGCCAGAGUUCCAGUCGCACCUCGAGACCUUUCUGUCCCACCUGCUCUUCUGGCAGGAUGUCCUGAACCACUGCAAGUCGGUCGAGGUCAAGUCAACCCUCCUCGAGCACUUUCAAGUCAUUUUCCUGCAGCAGCUGCUGUAUCCGUCGCUGCUCGAGUCGUCUGAUAUCGACGGGGGCUCGUCGGUGGCCGUACUCACAUACCUACGACGCAUCCUCGAGUCCCUCAACCACCCCGACAUGAUCAACCUCAUCCUGCACUACCUCCUGGCUCUGCCAGACACGCUGCCGUCCAAGGAGCAGCCCCGGUCGUCCAUUAGCCUCGCGCGGAAGCGCAAGUCGAUGGACCUCGCGACCAUGAUGGCCGAGAAGUCAGAGGACGCCGCCACGCCGCUCCUCUUCAACCUCGUCGACCUCAUUCUUGCGUGCUUGCGCUCGCGCAACCAGCAGACGAUUCACGUCACCCUGCAGCUCGUCUCGGCCAUCCUCAAGCGGCACCAUCGCUACGCAAUCAUCACGCUGCUCAAGACGGAGGUGCUGCCCGCCAAUUCAGUGGACCGCACCGUCGGCGCUCACGAGCAGGAGGUCGAGUAUCUCGUCUCACUGGCGGCCUCCAUCGGCGGCCACGGAAACUUUGACGAGAUGUACGCCAACAUCCUCAAGGACACCAUGACACGCCUGGAGAGCCACCCGUGCUCGCUGCGGCUUGUGGCGCCUCGCGUCUCAACGAACAAUCGAGAGCUGCCAGCCAUCCCAGACAGCCUGCCCGGCGCCCCCCGAGACGUCCGCGAGCACACGCUGCGUCCGGAAGACCCGCUGCUCAAGGCCAUCCUGGACCUGCUCGAGACAUUCUUCGUCAACCCGGUCGAGACGAACCUGUCGGUGUCGGAAACGAUGGUAGACCUUGCCAUUUGCGGAUAUAUGAGCAUCGAGGGAUGGCUGGCGCGCAGUCCCAGCGGGUACAUGUAUGCAGGGCCCGGUGAGCAGGACGACGCCUCGGCGAGCGAGGCGGAGUCCGUCGCAACAGACGGGGAGGCGGAGAGGCUCAGGGCGCUGAAAAGGUGCAGGGCGCGACCGGAGUGGUCACCAGAUGCCCUGCCGCGAAUCCUGUCCAUCGUGCGGCGGCUGUGUGACCAAGUUUCGUCGUAUCGCGCGACGGUUCCCCGCUUCGACGAGCUGCUACAGCAGCGUCGCGAGGCAUUCCAGACCGCCGACUCGAUGCUGGACAACCCGCCGCGGAAGGCGUCUCCGCAGCCGCCGCUUCAGGGAACGCCCGAGCGCCCGAGCAUGGACGAGGUCCUUCGCACGGGGUCCCCUUCGCGACCGUCGGCCCUGGAAGGCUUCGCGCAGCGGCUCCUAUCCGAGCUGGGCACUCCGAGCCGCUCGGCCAGCCCCAAAGGCCGCAAGGAGCAAAGCCGCAGCUCGGGCACGUCGACGCCCGGCGGCGGGCCGCAGCCCGAGCUUAUGACGCCAAACGCCAUCCGGGUGCCGCCCAAGGAGUUCCCCAUGAACUACGCCGACCCGAGCCGCGGCGGAGCGCGCAGCCUGUCGCCCGCCAGCGCCGCCGGUGACCCGCUUGACGACAGUCGCCGCAGGGACAGCAGCGCCACGAGCCAGGCGUCGGCAUUUGCCGCCAUCGACCAGAGCACCCUCGCUAAGCGCGUCGGCCUUCCGGACGAUAGGCUCAAGCCGAUUCCCCUGCACCUGAAUAGGCCCGCCCGGAGCGUGCCCGAGGAGCAGCCCGCCAAGGCGGCCGACGGGGAUGAGGAUGAGCACAAGGAGGAGCAGGAGCAGCACGAAGCAGGCGCCGAGGACACGUCCGAGACUGGUGCCGCCGCCGGAGCGGCUGCCCAGGAAGAGGAGGAGGAAGGGGAGGAAGAAGUACAUGUGUCGGUCUCGCACGUUAUCACAAACGUCAUCGUAUUCCAGUCGUUUCUCCUCGAGCUGGCCGCCCUCAUGCAGGUGCGCGCCGGCCUGUUUGACGAAGUCCGCUAUGUGUGAUUAAUGGACGUUCGCACAAAGAGUCGGGGUGUUUUGUCUUAAUUUGGUGCUAUGCAGCAUAGAGAGAGAUACCAGAUAGCAUCAGCCUGCGGUCUAGAUUAGAUGUAACCUUUUCGCACUCUUUAUUUUUUUUUCUGGUUCGGAUACGUGCGUUACUAGACAGGGCACGAGAUGUGUCGCGUGCAAGGGAAC